GUGCUCCAGCCAGCCGUGGCUCUGUGAGUUGGAAAUUGGAAGUGAAGCGUCAAGGAGUACGCAGAGAGAGGAACACAAACCUACUCUUCACCCCUCCUCCUCCUCAAAACACCACCAUUUUCUCAUUUUUCUGAUUCAGGUUUUUUAUGCAAACAGUAGGAUAUGCACCUUUUUUCUUACUCCCUCAAAUCCAAAUGCAAUCCAUUCUCAUGAACUGAAGAAUUGGGUGGUCCUCCUCCUUCCUCAUCCAUCCAAUGCCCCAACAAAGAAGAAGAUGAUGAGAAAACCCAAACCCAUUGCCAUUAUCUGUUGUAUCAACCACCCACCUGAGCCCUUCCUCUCUCUCCUCCUCCUCAUCAAACCCUUCUCCACCUCUUCCACCACUGCCGCUGCUUCUCCUUCUCUUCCUCCAGUCCCCGAACAGCCAGUGGAUCUCUCCUCCCAGCUCUUCGCCAUUCUCUCCCGCCCCAAUUGGCAACGCCACCCUUCCCUCAAGAAACUAAUCCCCUCCAUUUCCGCUUCCCACGUCUCUUCCCUUUUCGCUCUCAAUCUCGAUCCCCAGACCGCCCUCGGCUUCUUCAACUGGAUCGCCCUCAAACCCGGUUACAGGCACACCGUCCAUUGCCAUUCCUCCUUGCUCAACAUUCUGAUCCCCAAUGGGUUCUUCCGGGUCGCCGAAAAGAUCCGAAUUUCGAUGAUCAAGGCUUCCACUUCCGCUCAGGAUGCCUUGUUUGUGCUCGAAUUUUUGCGGGGAAUGAACCGCGCACUAGAAUUCGAGUUCAAGCUCACUGUCAGGUGCUACAACUUGCUCCUAAUGUCAUUGUCAAGGUUUUCCUUGUUUGAAGAUUUGAAAACUCUGUAUUUGGAGAUGUUAGACGAUAUGGUUUCGCCGAAUUUGCAUACGUUUAAUACCAUGAUCAAUGCUUCCUGUAAAUUGGGCAAUGUGGCUGAGGCAGACUUGUAUUUUAGUAAGAUAGGGCAGGCGGGCUUGCGCCCUGAUACGUUUACGUACACUUCUUUGAUUCUGGGACAUUGUAGGAAUAAAGAUGUGGAUACUAGCUAUAGGGUUUUUAAGCUAAUGCCGCACAAGGGUUGUCAAAGAAAUGAGGUUUCCUAUACUAAUUUAAUACAUGGGUUUUGUGAGGUAGGUCGGAUUGAUGAGGCUUUCAAGUUGUUUUCUCAAAUGGGGGACGAUAAUUGUUUUCCAACUGUGCGUACAUUUACCGUUCUUAUUUGUGCAUUGUGUAAAUUGGGAAGGAAAUUAGAAGCUAUGAAUCUAUUUAAAGAGAUGACGGACAAGGGUUGUGAACCAAAUAUUCAUACUUAUACUGUGCUCAUUGAUAGUAUGUGUAAGGAAAAUAAGCUUGAUGAGGCUAGAAACUUGCUAAACAAGAUGUUGGAGAAAGGGUUGGUUCCUAAUGUUGUCACCUACAAUGCAAUGAUUGAUGGGUACUGUAAGGAGGGAACAGUUGAGGCUGCACUUGAUAUUUUGGCUUUGAUGGAAUCAAGUAAUUGUUGUCCAAAUGCUCGAACAUUCAAUGAAUUGAUUUCCGGGUUUUGUAAAAGGAAAAAUGUAUACCAGGCAAUGGCACUGCUUAAUAAGAUGAUUGAUCGGAAGCUCUUGCCAAGCCUAGUUACAUAUAAUUCAUUAAUCCAUGGGCAGUGUAAGAUAGGCCAUUUGGAUAGUGCUUAUAGGUUGGUUAAUUUGAUGAAAGAUAGUGGUUUGGUUCCUGACCAAUGGACUUAUAGUGUUCUCAUAGACACUCUCUGUAAGAGGGGGAGAUUGGAAGAAGCUCAUGCCCUGUUCGAUUCUCUCAAAGAGAAAGGCAUAAAGUCAAAUGAAGUGAUCUUUACUGCUUUGAUUGAUGGUUAUUGCAAGGUUGGGAAAGUCAGCGAUGCCCAUUCCUUGUUUGAUAGAAUGCUUGCAGAAGACUGUUCGCCAAACUCAUACACUUACAAUACCUUGAUAGAUGUGUUGUGCAAAGAAAGAAAACUGAAGGAAGCAUUAUUACUGGUGGAAAAAAUGUUAAGUAUUGGUGUGAAACCUACGGUACCUACUUAUACAAUUCUAAUUAAGCAAAUGUUGAAAGAAGGGGACUUUGACCAUGCUCAUAGGCUUUUCGACCAGAUGGUGUGUUCUGGUAAUCAACCUGACCUAUUUACUUACACUACAUUUAUUCAUGCAUAUUGCGGCAUAGGGAAUGUAGAAGAGGCAGAGAAGCUGAUGAUUAAGAUGAAUGAAGAAGGAAUUAUAGCAGACUCAUUGACUUAUACAUUAUUAAUUGAUGCAUAUGGACGUAUGGGAUUAAUUGAUUUGGCAUUUGAUGUUCUUAAGCGUAUGUCAAAUGCUUGUUGUGAUCCUUCUCACUAUACCUAUGCCUUUCUGAUCAAACAUCUUUCGAAUGAAAAGUUAAUGAAGACAAACAAUAAUAUAGUGGGACUUGAUUUGGUCCCAAAUGUCUCCUCCAUCGAUAUUACUGGUGUUUGGAAGACAAUGGAUUUUGAAAUUGCUUUAGAGCUCUUUGAAAAAAUGGUUGGGCAUGGUUGUGCACCCACUACGAACACUUAUGACAAGCUUAUAGUAGGUCUUUGCAAAGAGGGACGCUUGGACGUAGCCCAGAGGUUAUACAGUCAUAUGAGAGAGAGAGGAAUUUCUCCCAGUGAGGAUAUUUAUAAUUCUCUUCUUACUUGUUGCUGUAAGUUGCAAGUGUAUGGAGAGGCAUCAAUAUUGGUGGAUGCGAUGAUUGAGGAUGGUUAUUUACCAACAUUGGAGUCUUCAAUGUUGCUUGUAUGUGGGCUUCUUGAUCAAGAGAAGACUGAGAAGGCAAAAGCCGUUUUUCGUACUUUGCUUCGUUGUGGGUAUAACUAUGAUGAAGUAGCUUGGAAAGUUCUCCUUGAUGGUUUACUUAAGAGGGGUCUUGUCAAUAUAUGCUCUGAGCUCGUAAGCAUCAUGGAGAAGAUGGGUUGCCAGCUUCAUCCUCAGACAUAUUCGAUGUUGAUUGAGGGAAUUGAUGGACCGUAAAAUACUGAUAUUUGAUGUUGGUGUUUUCUGGGUUUUAAAUCUUUAUCAGUGAGCACUACAACCAAAGUGAUUUAAAAAAAUUAUAUUCACAGUGAUUUUGUGUAAGCGCUAUGAAUUGUGAAUACGAGUGUUUACACCUAGUUAUUUAUGUAUCGAGAGAAUGUGACACAGGAUUUGUAGUCUUUCAAGUGUUUUAUUUGCUAUGUGAAUAUACUUUCUCUUCAUUCAGCGAGUACAUAUAUCAUAUGUUUCUCUGGGAUGAGGACCUUGGCGUCGAGGAUUUUUUGACAAAAAAUGAUAUCUAGCAAUUGUUCGGGAAGAGGGACUUGAAAUAUCACCGCUUGCAGUUGGCUGCCAACUCAGAGCCGUAACGUUCAGUCAAUGCAUGCAUGAAGAAAUCAGAAGUGCAGAGCUAAUGGACAACUCUUCUCUCUCCCUUUUUGGCCCCUCUCAUGCAAUUUGAAAGGCUGAAGUACCUCCUAAGGCAAAUUGCUUUUAUGAGUAAGGAAGUCAAAAUUGGGUUGCGUCAACUCUGCACUGCAUCUUGUCUUUAUGGGGAGAUCGAACAAAAAAUGUUUCUGUCAUCGGCUCUGAAUGGUUUAUCAUAGUUUUCAUACAUGGCAUCGCAGAUGACGUUAAGGCAAGUAGCCAAGUAUCAGCCUCUUCAGGUUUUUAACUGUUUGGAAUGGCAAUGAUGACAAAUUGUCUGGUUUAUCAUGGUUUGGGUCCUACCCAUCUGUAGCAGGAGAAGCUCACCUUUGGCGUUGAUGUUCCAUGUUGUCACACUUUCCAUCUAUUCAUUUGCACAGGUGAAUAUUGCCCUACCUCCUCAAAAAAAGACUCAAAAAUCUGGAAAGAUGGAGUUAUGCGGUACAGGAGCUUAACGGUGUUUGGUUGACCAUAUCAGUUGGUGGCCAUUCUUAUACUCAAGACAAUAGAGACCAGAAAUCUGUCAUUGUGCAUGCAAAUAUCUGGUGCAGAACCAAAGGAGAACCAGCUUGGGGAGCUCAGAAGCGGUUGGAAUCCUACUCAACAGCCUUACCUGGCAUGAUGCAUCUCAAACAAUAUAUAGAACUUUCUGAUGAUAUGAUACGACAGCUGAUUAAAAGUAUUUCAAGUGUGAUUAGGAACUCCUUAACUGAUUGUGAAAUUAAAAUAUUUCUUCUCCGUAAGCUUCAAGGCGCUCCUCAUGAAAACGGCAUAAGCAUUUUUUGUUGUUGCCUCACACAUUUUUCAGUUACAUUUGGGAGAAAGUAUAUUAGUUAAUGCCGUAGCCAAAGGACAUUUUAUUCAUUUGCUGGUUUCUCUU